CAUCUACUUCCCGAAACAAUUCAGCAGAACUCAAUCACUCACUUAACCAAUCGAACUCCUCGGUAUCUCGACGAUCCAACCCUCUUGACCAAUAUAUCACUCCACCCACAGUCAACACCACAUUAAUCACCCUCAAAAUGCCUGGCGUUACUUCUCAGUCUACCGGUUCCAAGUACGAUGCCAUUCCCGGCCCCCUGGGUUUGGCCUCUGCUUCCCUCGAGGGCAAGGUCGCCCUCGUGACCGGUGCCGGCCGUGGUAUUGGUCGUGAGAUGGCUCUUGAGCUCGGACGUCGCGGUGCCAAGGUCAUCGUCAACUACGCCAACAGCGCCGACACCGCCGAGGAGGUCGUCCAGGCCAUCAAGAAGGGCGGCUCUGACGCCGCCGCCAUCAAGGCCAACGUUUCCGACGUCGACCAGAUUGUCUCCAUGUUCGCCGAGGCCAAGAAGAUCUUCGGCAAGCUCCACAUUGUCUGCUCCAACUCCGGUGUCGUCUCCUUCGGCCACGUCAAGGAUGUCACCCCCGAGGAGUUCGACCGCGUCUUCUCCAUCAACACCCGCGGACAGUUCUUCGUUGCCCGCGAGGCCUACAAGAACCUCGAGGUUGGCGGCCGUGUCAUCCUCAUGGGUUCCAUCACUGGCCAGGCCAAGGGUGUUCCCAAGCACGCCAUCUACUCUGGUUCCAAGGGAACUAUCGAGACCUUCGUCCGCUGCAUGGCCAUCGACUUCGGUGACAAGAAGAUCACCGUCAACGCCGUUGCCCCCGGUGGUAUCAAGACCGACAUGUACCGUGACGUCUGCCGCGAGUACAUCCCGGGUGGUGCUGAGCUCGACGACGAAGGUGUCGAUGAGUACGCCGCCGGCUGGUCCCCUAUGCACCGUGUCGGUCUCCCGAUCGACAUUGCCCGUGUCGUUUGCUUCCUGGCUUCCCAGGACGGCGAGUGGAUCAAUGGAAAGGUCCUCGGCAUCGACGGUGCUGCUUGCAUGUAAACUACGUAUACCUAUUGUAGUAAUCGGAGUAAUGGGCAUCGGACGGGGAUACUAGAUUGGAUCACUGUACAUUUUAGAUUUAUGACAGGGGAUAUAAUGAAUAAAGAUAUGUGCCCCAUUACAAA